AUGGCUCGGGGGAGACUCAAAUUGUGUGAUGUCGAAGUUUGGAUGACUCCUCCGGUGACAUCCCAAAAGGAACUGUUGCGUCAACAUGACGUUGUGUUCCUUGACCGUUACUUUAUGUCUGGUACAGUGGGUAAAGCAUUCUAUUGUACAAAUACCAUGAGUCUAUUAAAAUCAAGCAUAAUUUUAAUCAAUCUAGUAUUUAUGGCUCAUGGUUAUUUUAAGUUUUCAAAUUUGAAAUGUUUAGAAUUGGACAAAUCGUUUGCAACAAUACCAAUCUGCAAAUUGAAGGUAAUGCAACGUGGUGUAGUGGCAUUAGAAGUUUACGUCAAAUUGCAUCAGGAUCCGGUGACUAAUGUAUCGAUCAAUGGAGAACUGUUGAAGAAAGCCAAUGGUUAUCGUCCCUUUUUAUAUAAUAUGACUUUGAAUUUUUGUGAUCUCAUGAAGAAUGGCAAAAGAUAUCCAUUUGCAAAUAUAUUUGUUGAUUUGUUGGCCAAAGACUCAAAUAUCAAUCAUACAUGUCCUUAUGAUCAUGACAUCAUAGUCAGGCGUUUAGUUUUGAAAAAUGAAAUGUUCAAACUGCUACCUUUGCCUCAAGGUGAUUAUCUAAUGGUGAUAAAAGUGGCUGCUUAUAACGAUUGGAAACGUAUUUUUAUACCAGAUACAUGA